GAAACUUUAGUUCAUCUCAGCGACGCUCCACUUUUUUUGUUGUUCCUCCUUGAAGCCCAGACAUGAAAAAUGACUCAUUCUGUUCCCCUUUGAUGGAAGAUUAGAGAAAUAUUGCUUUGACUGGAUUGUCCUCCCACAGACAGGUGCGGGCAUGACGUGGGGGGCUCUGUACGCCCAGCUGGGCGGAGUCAACAAGCACUCCACCAGCCUGGGCAAGAUCUGGCUGUCGGUGCUGUUCAUCUUCCGCAUCACCAUCUUGGUGCUGGCGGCCGAGAGCGUUUGGGGCGACGAGCAGUCGGACUUCACCUGCAACACGCAGCAGCCCGGCUGCAAGAACGUCUGCUACGACCAUUUCUUCCCCGUCUCGCACAUCCGCCUGUGGUGCCUGCAGCUCAUCUUCGUGUCCACGCCCGCCCUGCUGGUGGCCAUGCACGUGGCCUACAGGAAGCGCGGCGACAAGAGGACCAUCCUGGCCUCCCGCGGCGGCGGCGGCGGCGGCGACCUGGAGACCUUGAAGAGGCGGCGGCUGCCCAUCACGGGCACGCUGUGGUGGACGUACACCUGCAGCCUCUUCUUCCGCCUGCUCUUCGAGGGCGGCUUCAUGUACGCGCUCUACUUCGUCUACGGAGGCUUCCGGAUGCCGCGGCUGGUGAAGUGCGAGCAAUGGCCGUGUCCCAACAAGGUGGACUGCUUCAUCUCCAGACCCACGGAGAAGACCGUCUUCACCAUCUUCAUGGUGGCCUCCUCCGCCAUCUGCAUGGUGCUCAACGUGGCCGAGCUGGUCUACCUGCUGGCCAAGGCGCUGCUCAGGUGCUCCGGACGCGCCAACAGGAAGUUGGCGUACGGCCGCAAGGAGACGGUUACCGGGGACGACGCCGUCCUGCAGAACCGCAAGAACGAGCUGCUGAUCUCGGACUCUUCCGGCCGCAAGACCGCCUGCUGAGGGAGCGGCUUGUCGGCGGCCCGCCGGAGGGCGUGUCACGUCCCGGAUUGUUCCAGAAACGCCAAAUGGACAAAAUGGAUGUUUGGACAAAAGUGUUGGGACGCAAUCCGAGGUCGGAUCAGAGUGGGACAAAAUAAAGACAAUCAGGUGGUUUUUGUCCCCACUUUUGCCCGUUUGACCAAUCAUCUUACGUCUUAUGUCACAGGUCUUCAACAGGUCUUUACUAGAUCUUCAACAGGUCUUUACUAGAUCUUCAACAGGUAGUCAGGUGGUUUUUGUCCCCAGUUUUGCCCGUUUGACCAAUCAUCUUACGUCUUAUGUCACAGGUCUUCAACAGCUCUUUACUAGAUCUUCAACAGGUCUUUACUAGAUCUUCAACAGGUCUUUACUAGGUCUUCAACAGAUCUUUACUAGAUCUUCAACAGGUCUUUACUAGAUCUUCAACAGGUCUUUACUAGAUCUUCAACAGGUCUUUACUAGAUCUUCA